AUGCCUACCACAACCUUCUCAACGUCAAACCAACAGCAACAGCAACAGCAAGAGCAAUUCCACUCACCUACCACCUCCUCCUCCACCGCCACCACCGUCACCCCUCCGUCCUCCCCCCCAGAAUCCAACGACCCCUCCACCGCCCUUUUCGCGUACCUCUCCACCCCCUCCACCUCCUUCACCUCCCCGCUGGAAGACCUCCACACCUCCAUCCUAGGUUACCUCCAGCGCUCCGGCUGGACGGAACGUGUGCGCGGGCUCGCACUCGAACUCCUGCGCGCAGGACACUGUGACCGCUUCGAAGAGGUCGUCGAUACAGUCGUUGCACUUGCCUCGAGUAGCGAGGAUGUGUCUCUGUUGUCCUUGGCGAAAGGGAGGAAACGGAAGAGAAAGGAGCGGAUGAAGGCCAGGGCUAAGGCUAGGAUUGUUGAGGAUGGUGCUUCUGCUAUUGGUGCUGGGAUGGCUGCUAAGGGAAUUGGAGAGAAUAGUGAUUUGGUGGAUGAACAGACUGAGGAUGGGGAUGGGGUUGAUACUACUGAAGAGGAAGACAGUGCUGGCGGGGAUGCGUUUCCGGAUAUCCGCAUCCCGCAAUUUGUCGUGGUGGAGGGUGUCAAGAUGCUGCAUGAAGCGUUGCAUGAGGUAUUUGUUGUGGAAGGAGGAGAUGCAGAGACGGAUUCUACUCCCACCGCCCCAACCACUGGUGGAAAUGAUAGCGGGAUUGGCAGUGGGGAAACGAGCGACCAACAGGAGGCAUCAUCAUCAUCAGCAGCAGCAGCAGUGACAACGACAUCAAAUACGACUUCAUCAUCAAUUCAAAGUGGUAUCUUUAAUACCAAUGGCACCACAACAUCCUCCAAAAAGCUGUCGCCUCCUUCACUGAAAACAGACAGCAAGAGUGGGAAAUCCAAGUUCACCGUUAAGAACAAGUUACAAGAGAAUGGCGACGGGAGGCCUGAGAAGAGGGUAAAGAAAGCGUGA